UAAAGGGACAAUUAGCUUGUUCUAGAUUCUAGAAGACAGACACCAGGUAAGAACUGCUCCUUCUCUACUCUACUUUUUCUCCUCAAAGCAGCUCAUCUUGAUUAAAAGAAAACAAGUCUAGGAGAGACGAACAAUUCCUGUUCGAUGGAAAUAGCAGGGACCAUGUCAAAGAGAGUAGCAGUUGUUGGUUCUGGAGUAACUGGGUUGACAUCCAUCAAAGCUUGCCUGGAGGAAGGACUUGAACCCACCUGUUUCGAGCAAAGCAAUGACAUUGGUGGCCUAUGGCGAUUCACAGAAACUGUAGAGGAGAGAAAAGCAAGUAUCUACAGGUCACUCACCAGUAAUUCCUCCAAAGAGAUGAGCUGCUUCAGUGACUUUCCAAUGCCAGAUAACUUUCCAAACUUUCUGCACAAUACAAAGUUCCUAGAAUAUUUGCGACUAUAUGCAAAACAUUUUGAUCUACUCAAAUAUAUCAGAUUCAAGUCUCCAGUUGUCCGUGUAGAAAAAUGUCAAGAUUUCUCUACCACUGGCCAAUGGAAUGUGACUAUAGAGAAAGAUGGAAAGCAGGAAUCCUUCACCUUUGAUGCUGUCAUGAUCUGUACAGGACACCAGAUAGAAGCAUAUACUCCGCUGAAUUCUUUUCCUGGUUUUGAAAAGUUCAAGGGGAAUUCAUUCCACAGCCAAAAUUACAAGGAUUCAGAAGGAUUUGAAGGGAAGACUGUUGUGAUCAUUGGACUGGGAAAUUCAGCUGCUGACAUUGCUGUGGAGAUCUGCAAGAAAGCAAAGAAGGUGGUCCUCAGUGCCAGGGGAGGCACCUGGGUGAUGAGUCGAGUAUAUGACAAUGGCUAUCCCUGGGAUACCAUCUAUCACACUCGCUUUCUUAAUUUUAUCCGAAAUUCUAUCCCGUGGUUUCUUUUGAAAUGGAUGACGGAACAGAAGAUGAAUCAAUGGUUCAAUCAUGAAAACUAUGGCUUGGUGCCUCAAAACAGGUACUUGAUGAAAGAACCAGUGUUCAAUGAUGACCUGCCAAGCCGUAUCCUGUGUGGAUAUGUGAACGUGAAACCACUUGUCAGGCAAUUCACAGAAACCUCAGCCAUAUUUGAAGACGGGACAGUGGUGGAGAAUGUAGACAUUGUCAUCUUUGCAACAGGCUAUAGUGUUGCAUUCCCUUUCCUGGACAAAUCAAUCCUUGAGGUAGAAGAUAAUCGUGUCCCACUGUAUAAACAUGUCUUCCCUCCUCAUCUGGAGAAGCCAACCUUGGCUGUUAUUGGUCUCAUCCAGCCCCUUGGGCCUAUUAUACCCACUUCAGAACUCCAAGCACGCUGGGCUACAAGAGUCUUCAAGGGGUUAAGCCUUCUGCCUUCAGAGCGUGCCAUGAUGGCUGAUACUAUUAAAAGAAAUGAGAAGAGAAUUAAGUGGUUUGGCACCAGCCGCAGUCAGUCAAUCCAAACCGAUUUCAUUGAUUACCUGGAUGAGCUUGCUGCAGCCUUGGGAUCAAAGCCAGAUCUAUUCUCACUGCUGUUGUGGGAUCCCAUACUGGCUUGGACCAUGUUUUUUGGACCUUGCAACCCUUUUCAGUUCCGUUUGAAAGGGCCAGGAAAGUGGACUGGAGCCAGAGAUGCUAUCCUCACCCAGAGAGCGCGAAUCAUUAAACCCACAAAAACACGAGUUGUGAGCAGCUCUUCAAACCACACACUGUUCUCCCUGCUCACAGCCAUUGGUCUCCUUGGUAUCAUGGCCGCAUUUUUCCUUUUCCUUGUUCAGCACUGAUGUCCAUCCUAAAACACAUUAGUGACAACUGCUUAUGUCAAACCAUGCUUUCUAUUCCUCUAAUGAGCACCAUCAUUUACACCUAUUACUAUCUAUUAUACUAUCUAUCUAUUACUAUCUAUUACACCUUAGUACUGUAUGUUCACAAACACAAAAGAGGGUCUUUUGAGCAACUUCCUGGGAAAUUAUGAAUGAGGAAGAGAUAUGGAAAAUGGGAGGAUGCAAGAAAGAAAAAGCUAAUUUUUUUUAAAGAAAGGGAAGUAAACAUGCCAAGUGCAGUUUUAAGGUGCUCCUAUAACAUGCCAAUUUUUCUGAUUCCUUUUAACAUUAGAUAGCAGUGUGAAUUGCAAUUCAUUCUUGAAUUUUAAAAAAGAAGCAAAUUUGUAUUUCAUAAUUUGAAUCAUAAAAUGCUAUCCGGAACAUGUCUUUUAAUGUCCUGCAAGCAUACAGUCCUGCUUCUCACGUCCAUAUAUUGUAACUCCUCCCUUUAUGUUCUUUCCAAGGCCACUGGUUACACCUUCAAGAACAUCUCAAUGGUCCAGAAUCACCCCUCCCUACUUGCUCUUUCCAAGGCCUUUGGUCGCACCCGUUAUAUUGGUACAUACACCCUCAUGUUCUUAUCACGUAUGCUCGAUCCACCCCUGGUAGUCUUUUUUCUACCUUUCACCUGACACCCAUAUAUGCUUGUUACUGUUCCCCUCACCGGGGUAGACCAUCUAGUCUGGGUGGAGCCCUAUAUAUUUCAUGAAAUGCUGUGAUAUUCCUCUGUGGGGCCUUGCUCAAGGAGCUUAGUUUUUAUAUGGAAUUUGCCAUCAUGCUUGGUGUAGUAUAAAGUGUGGCUUAAUGUUUUAUGCAUAUUCACCAAAUUUGUCUUUAAAGAAUAAAUCAAGGACAAAUAAAUAAAGAUCUUUUACUUCUUAA